AUGGAAGACACAAAUGCGGUCGAAAUCUCUAUUAUCAACGUCACCGCCGUCGUUUUCUCUGCCGUUUUCGCCAUUUACAGCGCGAAAAUCAUCUCGGCAAUUUCUUCUCUGGUAAAAAAUUCAUAUAAUUCCGAAAACCAUCAAUUUCCUCUUAUUUACAGGUCAAAAAGCUUGCAAAAAGCAAGGAGAACCCGAUGAUCACACAAUUAAAAGUAAAAAUCGCAGAAACGCGGCGAGAAUUGAACGGAAUUUCGCCGACUGGAGAAUUCGCAAAAUAUUUCAAAAAAGACCGAGAAUUGAACAAAUUGACGAAUGAAUUGACGACCUUGGAGGCUCAAAACUCUUCGGAAACCACGAAAAAUCUGAAAAUCGAUACUUGUGUGCGAGUUAUCAGCCAGGUCUCCUCGUUGGUGCUUUUGCGCUACGUUUCGUCGAUCACCGCCUACUGCAUUCCGGAUACUAUUUUUUGGCCGUUCAACAUCAUCGUGCGCUUCCCAGCUGUGUUUGGCAACGAUUCUUGCCCUGCCGGUACGUUUUUUUCUUGCAAAAAAUUCGAAACAUUCAUAAUUUUACUGAAAUCGCCGCAAAUUGUACAAUAUUUUUUUCCAGAAUUUGCUGAAGUUUCCGGAUUCGCUCUGGCUUUUCUGAUGCUCCACCUUCUGAAUCUCAUCUACAAAACUGUGCGAUCAGCAACCAAAAUAACCGAUUCGGAAAAAAAAUCGAAUUAA